AGGUGGAAUUUGACAGCAAAUGCAGCAAGGCCUAACCCUCAAGGCUCUUUUCACUAUGGAACAAUUACUCCAUCAAUGGCGAUUUUGCUUGCAAACUCAGCACCAACGAUUGGCGAGAAGCAGAGAUACGCUGUCAAUGGAGUGUCUUACGCAGAUCCUGACACCCCACUCAAACUUGCAGACUACUUUAACAUCCCCGGAGUGUUCAAUCUGAGUGCCAUCAAGAGUUCUCCUUCUGCUAAUGGUAGUAUGCCUGCCACAUUAGCUACGGCUGUACUUCCCACCUCUCUCCAUCAGUUCAUUGAAAUCGUGUUCCAAAAUGAUGAGGACACCAUGCAGUCUUGGCACCUUGAUGGCUAUGAUUUCUGGCCCAUUGGAUUUGGCUUCGGAGUGUGGAACGAAACGAGUCAAAAGAAUUACAAUCUUGUUGAUGCUCUUACUAGACACACCACACAGGUAUAUCCAAAAUCAUGGAGUGCCAUACGGGUAUCCUUGGACAACCAAGGGAUGUGGAAUUUGAGGUCUGCAUUGUGGGAAAGGCGAUACCUCGGACAACAGUUGUAUCUCAGGGUCUACAACUCAGUUCAGAGUUUGGCUAACGAAUAUGAUAUACCUUCUAAUGCUCUUCUUUGUGGCAGGCGGUUGGUCGAC